UAAUCACAUGGCUACAUUUGUUUCAGUGUCCUCAACUGUAAGGUUUCAUCUUGAAAGUUUAUCUAUUACUUCUUCUAUUUUCAGAUUAUGGACGGUCAAUGUACCUGCAGAAUCAGAAGAUAUCAUAAUAAAUAUACAUGGGAAGGCAAUAGCAUUUCAGGAAUGCUUUGUUCUAGAUACUCCCUUUAUAAUUCCAAGGCCUAAACAUUCAUUUCCCAGCAAAGAAAAUGAUGCCUCACUCGGUUCCCCCAGAAAUAGUGACAUGUCUAUUACAUGGUCGGCAUGUUUUCCGACAACAGCCGUUUUAUUAACAGACUUUGGAACUUUCUAUACGAGUGAUGGAUUCAGAACUUAUGAAGAAAUCAAAGUUCCUUCAGAUGUUUUGACCCAAGGCCUAAACAACAGUGUAACUGAUGUGGCUCUAACAGAUAAUGGAAUCUUAUUUUUAAUAAAUGGAACUAUUUAUAAAAGAGAAUCUAAUCAUUUUUUUAAACUUGGGGCAGAACAUAAGCUUCCUGAAGCAAAAAUAACCGGAAUAUGUUCAAGAUACUGGUGUCCAUUAUUCUAUCCAGUGCAGAUAGCCCGUUAUGACUGGAAUAAAUAUGGUUGCCUAAUGGAACUUCAUUAUGAACAAUAUUUCCAACCAAUUAUUUCCCUGUAUGAUGGUGAUAAAUACGUUAGAAGGGUUGAAACAAAUUUCAUAUUAUGGGAAAUGGAAGGCAGAACAGACUAUGGGUACACUUCAUCCAUGAAAGAAGAAGGUUGCUUAUACAAGGCACAGUCUUGGCCCAUGAUGCUUAAUGCAAGUCAAAACUCUACACUGGAUGAAAUAUGGGGACCACAGAACAGUACAGAUGAAGGACUGUAUGAGCAGUAUCAGAUUUUAAACAUGACCUCUAGAAACUCCAUUGUUUGGUCUACUAGUCACAGUGGCAUUUACGUGUUCAGAGUGAGGAUAAUAGACCCAAACUACAGUUUUUGUGAUUUAAAAGCAUUCUUUGCAGUCCGUACAUAUGGUAUAAUUGAAAGGUCAGAUAUAUCUUCAGUUUUGUUAUAUUCAUUUCUCAUAAUCUGCAUUUUUGGGGUCUUCCUCAUUUUAAGCUACUUCAGAUAUACAAAAAUUUUUCAAGAGCUCAAACGUGCUGAUGAGAAGAGAGCAUCACCUGAAGAGCAAGAGAAUUAG